AAAGGGGAGAAAAACACCCUGCUCACUCCCCAGUCCUUCCUUGCCUCUUCUUUUUUUUCCCCUUUCCUGUUGUUACCCGUCACAUUCCCUGAUGUCAUUCCUGCCAUUGUGAGCCGACAGGCCCUUCCCAGCCUGGGGGACAGCCAGUAAGUCAGGAGGGGAGGUGGAGAUGUGGAGGUGGGGGAGUGGUGGUCACACCAACACCGUGGAGUUGGGCUGGGUCUGAGUGGAGCCCCAGGGAUGUUCCCCAGCCCAUCCUUCCCAAGAACCAAUGAGUAAAAUUAGGAGCCUCCCACCUGAGGUCAUGGAACCAGGCCCUGGAGUGGAACUUGGGGUGGAAGACGGCCUCCUCUGUCAACUGAUUCAUUCUCCAGAAUUCAACUUGUUCUCUGACUCGGUGGUGUUUGAAAGCAACUUUAUCCAGGUCACUAAAGCCGGGAACUGGAUGGAUGUCUGUGACGGGUCUACCACUGUGAUCCUCGGGGUGACCUCCUCGGUGCCCUCCUUGCCACUCCCCAACGUCCUCCUGAUGGCCAAUGUCACCUGGCCCCAGGGUCAGUUUUCCACCUGUAGCACACCUGAUAGUGCCCCAGUCAUCACCCUCAGCAGGAUUCUCCCACUGAAGUACAUGGAGCUACGAAUCUGCGACCGGCUCCAAUGCAUCCUGAGGGUUAGGACAGUGACUGAAAAGAUCUUCUACCUGAGGCUCCACGAAAAACACCCAGAGGCUGUGUUUCAAUUCUGGAUCCGCUUGGUGAAAAUUCUGCAGAGAGGUCUGUCUAUCACCACAAAAGACCCGAGAAUCCAAUUCUCUCACUGCCUGGUGCCCAAGUUGCCCUGCAGCUCCACCGAAACAUCUGGAAGCGGCCUCCUGUCAUCCUGCCAGUCCAGUGAAAGCUCCAUGAAACUCCUGGCAGCCGAGCAGACCAGUGACUGUUUCUCGAAUCUCUCAGGAAGGUCCCAGCUCACAGCAGACAGAAACACCGAUACCACCACUGAAAUAGACAAUUUCAACUGCUCUGACAAGACACCCUCUCCAGUGGCAUCCCCUGUCAAUUCGAAUAUACCCAUGAGAGCCACCUUGAACCACAGUCUCUGGGAACAAGAGAAUCCAGAGGAGCACUUCCUGCAGGCUCCUGUAGCCAGUUCCCUAGGAGAGAACUUCCUGGGACCCUAACACCUAACCAAGACAGGGUCAUCUUCCCAGGCUUCAUUCAGUCCACUUGCUACAACCUUCUAUAAUUCUCUUUUCCUAUUGUGGCCCAGAUGACCAUGGGAAAGGUAAGAUGGUGUUUAUAACAAGGUGCUUUGGUACUUCCACCAAUAAACCUCCAAGUGAGUCC